GGUUAUUUUAGUUUUUAAUAAUAACUGAAAAAAAACAUGGACUUGCUUUUAAAUCGUUAAUUACGUCGAUUGAUCUUUUAUGAACGGAACCAACUUGAACGACACCAAAGUCGAUAUUUAUUAAAUAUUUGUUGGUGUUAUCAUUGUUUAUUUCAGACACAGAAUACAUAAUGUUGCACUGUGUUUAUUACAUAUAAGUUAUAUUUUAUAGUUAAGCAUCAUUACGUCAGAGAACAAUAAAUUUUUAUUUUAGACAUUAUUGUGAAGUAAGCACAAGGUAUUCUGAUGAAAUUUAGAAUAAACUAUAAGAAUCGUCAUAGUGAUUGUCAUAAAUAUUAAAUUGAAAAAAUAUGUAUUUGAAAAAUAGGUUCUUGUUGAUUCGUUAUCCAUUUUUUUCGAAUAAUUAUUUGGUGAGGAAACUACUCAAACCGUAAUUAUUAGGUACUCUAUACACCAGGGGUCACCAAAUGGCGGCCCUCGAAUAAAUUUUAUCCGGCCCGCAGACAAAGAAUAAAUAAUAUAUACUAUGAUAUUAUACGUAGGUAGGUACUUAGAAUUUUGAUGGCCCGGGAAAUAAUUUCAGAUUCCUAAUGUGGCCCUUAAAAAAUAUUAAUUGUUGAACCCUGCUAUACACGAUAUAUUUAUUAUAUUAUUAUUUUUAAAUCAUUAGUUGUUUAAUAUUAUGUUAAAAUAUCAUAACUCAUAAGCUAUUUAUUUAAUGAAUAAAUAAAAACAGCAUAUUAAAAGGUAUGUUGGAUUACACAUUGUUGAAGUGAAGCAAAACAUUUUUUUUUUGUAUUUGAGGUACCUAUCUAGUUAAUUUAAUUAAAAUAAACAGGUUAAAAGGUAUCCUUUUACGAGGUACAUUAUAUAAAUGUUAUUAAUACUUUUAUAGUUGUAUGAUUGUAUGAAUCUUUUUUAAAUUUUUAUAAUAUGAUUUGUUUUACACGUAUGGAAAAUAAGUACUUAUAUAAGACAUAAGUUAAAGCUUAGUACACUUAGGUGGCUACUGGCUGUAGAUAUAAUAAAGUAUAACAAAAUAUUUUGAUGACGUUAUCAUUUUAAUUUUAGAUUAACCACAGUGAACCGGUUUGUCUGCCUGACCCCCUCCAGCAUUACUGUGCACCGUAAAGUGUGUAGUGUGUACACUAGUGUCCGGUGUUUGAUAGGUAAAGCAUCUACUAUCUGACCAAAGAUGGCUGGACGUGCAUUACAUUUUGUGUUCAAAAUAGCCGAGAGAACCAAAACCAUGAAGUUUUAUAGAGAACUUUUGGGAAUGAAAGUACUGAGACACGAAGAAUUCACUCAAGGUUGUGAGGCUGCAUGCAAUGGCCCAUAUGACAACCGAUGGAGUAAAACUAUGAUCGGAUAUGGACCAGAAGACACUCAUUUUGUAAUUGAACUUACUUACAACUAUGGUGUUGAUGAUUACAAGCUUGGAAAUGAUUUCCUUGGAAUAACACUAAAAUCUUCAAAAGUAUUAGAAAAUGCUAAAUCGCUCGGUUGGCCUGUUGAAGUUGAGGAUAACAUGUCCUAUGUUGUAGCGCCAGGAGGGUAUAAGUUUUAUGUAAUUGAUGAACCUCAACCUGUUGAUAAAGAUCCUGUUGUAAAUGUCAUGUUAUCGUCUACAAAUUUAACAAAAUCUAUGAAAUUUUGGAACGGUAUACUUGGCUUAAACAUUUUCGAUCAAAAUGAAUCUUUUAUUGAAUUAGGAUUUGGUGAAGAUCAAGCUAAACUGAAGUUAAGAGAUAUUGGAGAGCCAAUUAACCAUGCCACAGCAUAUGGAAGAAUUGCAUUUUCAGUUCCUACGUCUGAUUUAGAAAGUUACCAAGAAAAUGCUAAAAAUAAUCAAUAUAAAAUUUUAACUCCUUUCGUAACCUUAGACACACCAGGAAAAGCUUCAGUGUCUGUGGUGAUUUUUGCUGAUCCUGAUGGACAUGAAAUAUGUUUUGUUGGAGAUAAGGAAUUUCGUGAGUUGUCUCAGUUUGAUCCAAAUUCAGAAAAACAAUUAGAUAAGUAUAUUGUUAAAGAUGAAGCAAGAAAAUUGAAAAAUUAAAUGAUUGUGAUUACAACAAUUUUUUAAAGUUUAUAUAACCAACAUAAUAUUAUUAUUUUUAUAGUUUUAUAAAUUGUUAUUCAUAAAAUAUUAUUUAAAACAAUGGAUUAAUUUAUUUUGAAAAUUAUAGACUAUAAUUAUUCUAAAAUCUUAGUAUAAUGUUCAAAAGAAAUAUAAUAUAAUAUCAUGUUUAGCA